CUUUUAUUUGACAAAUCUUCAUCAAACUUGGCAAGAUGGGUGAGACUUUUGCACAGUGGAAUCUCCUUCAGCUCUCGUUUAUUGCAGUGUUUCCAGCGUAUCUAGCCUACAUAAGGAUUGUCAAUGGAAUGGCUUUGGUGUCCUUGUACGUCUACUUAUUUGUCUUGUGUAUGCCGGCCAUGCUGAUUCAGAUGAAGCUGGGAGGAUACAAUCAGAAAGGCAUUGUGGGAUUGCUCUCCCAACACCUGCCAAUUAGUAAAGGAGUGGGCGUGGCAUUAUUGGUUGACCUUUUCCUGACCUGUUUAUAUGUUGCCCCAUUGGUCUGUCAUUUUGGAAUGUAUGCCAUCAUCUCAAUGAUUGAGCAGCCUUAUGUAUGGAGCAGUUGUGACAAUGAGUGGAAUACACUAAACUGUGCUGAUAUCCACACAAAAGUUGUAACAGGAACAGAUAAUGGAAAUACCUACGAAUUUAAAGGAGUGGGACAGAAUUCAAAAACUACACCGGAGUUAGAAUUCUACCAUAAUGCCUAUCUACAGCUCUCAAGCUCUGUCAGUAAUAUAACGGGGUUUCCCAUCUGGACGUUUACAUCACAGCUUCAGAAUGUUGGGAUUUCCCUACUUCCUGUUACGCUGGCCGUCCUCUGGAUACUGGUCUUUCUCUUCACGGCCUUUGGAGCACGGGUUUCUGGAUGGAUUUUGUUUAUACUGGGGCCUACCUUUGUUGGUAUGCUGUUGGCUGUGCUGGGUUACGGCUAUAGCAAUCUAGAAUCGGAGCACUCUAACAGUUUCCUGCUACGGUUCUAUAACCUGGACUUCAAAGGCUUCCUGCAGCCCGUGGAUACCAGAGUACUGGUUAAUACUGUCAGUGAGGGCUUUGAUUUGUUGAUGAACUCCUUACCUGUGUGGACAGCCAUUCCAGUGACGAUGGGGAAAUUUACAGGAAAGGGAAAAAUUAGUCGAAACCUGGGCUGGUUGCUGGUCAUUAUAACGUAUGCCCUGGUAAUACAGAUACCCCAACUGGCAAUGGUGCCGUAUAUAGGGAACCUGUUGGCCAAAUCCCAAGUGAAGAACGUCUUAAAAGAUGACGCAUUUAAUGUCACCUCAAGGGGAAUGAGUAUAGAGCUGGUUUUUAAUGCGAUGCCAGCAGCCUUCGCGGAGUUAGAUGUCCCACCAGUUUACGCCAUGCUUUUCUUCUUGUCCAUCUUCAUUUGCGGGUUUAUGUUUCUGUGUGUUGCGAUGUUGACAAUUGUUGAUAACAUCGUAGACAGCUUGACGUCGCGAUUUGCACGUCUCUUUGACAGGAAGCAUUGCUGUACCUUUGUUACAACGUUCUUUCUCAUGGUAGCCUUGAUGUGUCUGGGACUCCUCAUGACCACAAGGGCUGGAUUUUACUACAUCAUUCUGUUGGACCAAUCCAUCACCAGAAUGAGAUUUAUCACUGUAUUCAUAUUAGCAGUGUCUGUUAUUAUUGUUUAUGUGAAGCACACAUUCAGCAUAGUAGAGAGGAUCCUGAUCAGUAUAUGGUGUAUCCUGGCUGCUACUGCCACAGCCGGUUUUUGGUUGUACUCGUUCAUCAUGUACCUGGGCUCCCCUAUGAAGUACGCAGGGGAGGAGUAUUCUAAGGUCUUUGACCUGGUGUCCUGGAUUAUCUCCGCCGUCCCCUACAUCGCUAUCCCCGCCGCUGCCAUGCACAGCUGUGGUCUGUACGAGGGAACUUGCAAAGAGAGAAUGCAGUACAUGUUCUGUGGUAAUCAGGAGGAACCACGUGACUAUCAAGGUUACUACCCCGCCCCGGAGCCUAGCGCACCACCGGCUUACUCCUACAACACCAACAGCUACGGACGUAACGGCUCCUCACUGUACCCAAUGGACGACAUCCACAAAAAUGUGUACGACCCCGAAAUGGAGCCCCUGGACACUCGUCUACGCUCCAGUCGUAUUUAGCAAUGAAUGGCUGGUGUGAAUCUCAAUAGGGAGAGGUGGAUCUAGAGAAACAAAGUGGUGUGACUCAUAACCUUUCAUUUACACAUGGACGCAGGAAUGUGGAGGUGUGGGUAGUGUUAUGUUUAUUUUCAUACCAUGGAGAAAUAGUUGUGUUUCAAUAAAUGCUAGAUCUGCAGACAUUCUAAAGCCUUAAACAGGGGAUCUCACCAGUGAUUUAUUCAUUUUAUACAAGGGGAAGGAAAGGAAAAUAGAAUGUAUAUAUGGAACAUUGUUAUUUUCAUGUCAUUACAUGUUGUAUUGAAUACUCUCAAUAUAUGUUUUUUUUCUUCUUUAUAUUAAAAUUGCAUAAUGCAGGAAAAGCAGUUUGGUUAUAAUUUUUCAUAAAAAAAAAUCAUGCUGAUAUUUUUUUGAAUGAUUAUGUUAAAAUGUUAAUCAUGAGACUGUCAGUGCAUUUAUUUUUCAAAAUUAUGUUUUUGAUCUGAAAAUGCAUUUUGAUGGAACCUAUACUGAAACUUUUUAUUUUGAUCAGUUUUAUCUGUUUAUAAUUUUUAUCUUUAAUACGUAUGAGAAAGUUCUUUUUUUUCACAUAAUACAACUCAAACAUGUACUUUUUUCAAAACUGGUUUCAUGUUUGUCAGUAUGACACAAAUUUGAAAAUAUGAAUUGUUGAAGACUUGAAUGAAAUCAAAGUAUUGUGAACUAGUCCAGUAGUCUUAGAACAUUAACAUUGUGUAUAAUUAUAUUCCCAUCAAUUUAUGUUUAUGAGAAUGUUUUAAAUACUCUUUUUAUCAUAAUAUUAAAAUGUUAACUGUGGUAUCGUUUUAAUUUAUAGUUAUUUUAGAAUGAAUAUUCUAGCAAAUGAGAGUCAGAAAAAUGAAAGUCACAUUCAUUAAGAAAUUGGUUUUGAGUGGUACAAUAUACCCAUACUGUACAGUGUUAAUUCUUUGGGACAAGUACACUACAUUUGUUUCCUAUAAAGUAUUAUUAUUAAUAGACAGUGUGUGUUUCAACCACAGCCAUUGAUAAUUGAAAUGGCCAGUAGAUGCAGCAUUUGUGGAAUUGAGGUUGUUAUAAAGAAUAUAAUGAUAAAAAUCAUACAAUAGAGAAUAUAAUGGUUAUAUAUAAUAAAUUUUUCAUGUGGCACAUGUACAUGUAUAUUCUAUUUUUAUAGAUUUCUGUACAUGUACAAGCAUUUCUUGUUCACAGGCAAGGAAUGGAAUGGUAAUUUUUUUAAUAGGAGGCAUUUGGAAAAAGGAAGGGGGGGGGGUUAACUUGCAAAAAUUCUUGGCUGGCAGAAGGAAACAGUUUUGUUAUUGGACAGAUUUUAUUAUUAAACUGGCACAAUCUCAACAUAUCUUGGCUUUCUAUUACUAAGUAUAUAUUGGAAAAUCUGGAGUAUCUAUGGGCUUUUUAAUGCAUGAUUAUAUGCUUUUAUCAAUCCAUGGGUUUUUAUUGAAAACAGCUGUACCAAAAAAUGCGCUGGGGUGGAAAAUUAGUAAUCCAUAUUAUGUUUUACUAUCUCUCAGUUUUGGGGAGUAGAAUAAGAAUUUUUGAAAAAUGGAAUAAAUUGCUUGAUAUUGACCAGCACAGUAUUUUAUCAAAUUUUAUGUGGGGUAUUUUAUUUAAUUUCAUUGCUUUUCAUGAUAUCAGCAAUAAAAAUUGUUUAAUGUAACAAUGGAUUGUCUAUCUGAUAAUGAUUUAGAAUUAUUUAAUAAAGCAGAAUCCAUGGUUUUUAUAAGCAAUUUUUCAUAUCAAAAUCUUACAAGAUUUUUUUGGAAAAUACAUACUGUAGAUUAUAAUUUUUCACGAGAUCUCAUUUUCCGCGAUAAAGCUACUUAGUACUAACAAGAAGGACAAAUUUUCAUGAAGUCUAGUUAUUACUGUAUUUACGUAAGCUAUGCUAUUACAAUUUUUUUGUGUGGACAAAUUUUUCGCCACCUGACAGUCUCGCUGAAAAUAAAGUUCUCGUUAAUAUAAAGUGAUUUACAAUACUGUUAGUAUCAUGAUGAAUUAACUUGCAGUAAGGUGGAGAUAAAUGCAUUAUUAACAAUAAGAUAACCACAACAAGUAGACUCAAAAUUUUCAGCAUAACUCUCAUAAGUAAAUUCAAAAUGUACAACACAGUAAUUAGGUCUACCUAAAUAUAUCAAAGUUUACAAUAUGAUAUAAGCUUUACUAUCAAUGAGGCUUGCCUCUAGCUUA